GAACAGCCCUUAAUUCUAUCAAUAUUAAUGGGAGCAGUCAAGACUAUUUUAAAGGGGCUUGUGGAAUUCACCAAGGUGAUCCAAUGCCCCCCCUUCUCUUUGUCCUUGUCGUGGACUAUUUCACAAGAACCAUGAGGCAGGUCACUGGUAAUAAAAACUUCGGCUAUCAUCUUAAGACAGGAAUUGAGAUGUUUGGGAAAACCACUGGACUUCACAUAAUCCACCAGAAGUCACAAAUGAUGUUAGGUGGCCUGGAUGACAAAAACAAAGAUGAACUGACAAUGAUGAUUAACAUGCCUAAAGGAGGAUUGCGUUUUAGGUACCUGGAGGCCCCCAUUUCAGCAUCCAGAAUUAACAUAAGGGACUGUGAUGAGCUUGUACAAAAAAAUCACCUAAAGGAUCAGAGGAUGUUCUAUGGGCCCGGGGGUGCAUAUGCAAUGUUUGCCGGGAAGGAUGCGAGCAGAGCCUUGGCUAAACUGUCAUUUGACCCUAGAGAGAUAAACGGGAACCUGGAAGGGCUAUGUGACUCGGAGCUUGAAACACUGCUAGAUUGGGAGUGCAAAUUCAUGGAGAAGUAUGCCAAGGUGGGUCAACUCGUUCCCCCGUGAUCUGCCCCGCCACGGCAAUGGAGAAACUGGAGAAGCAGAGAGAAACAAGUGUUCAACAAUUUCAUUGAGCUUUGUCGUUUGUGCGUGUGUAUAGAUGGGUGAACAGAUAAAGCUUUAGUUGUUUGUGUUUACCAGCACGGCAGAGGAACAUUAUUGUUGUCAUUGCUUGGCUAUCCAUGCUGCAAUUGCAAUUCCCUUGGGUUGGUUAUUUGUUUGCGAGCUUCGGGUUCCGGCCUCCGGGUGCUACGCCAGUCCCUUUACUUUCAACGUUCUGUCUAGUUUGACUUUUUGUAAUCAAAUCGAAUGAAUUUUGAUUGUCAAACUAAUAAAUUAAAUAUUUGUACAAAAUUGUUUAAUUAAAUUUAUCUUGUAAAU